AGGAGGCAGUCAGGCGAGCGGUGGGAUACCGACGGAUAGGAAGUGACGGGACGGUUUGGAUCUCAGGAGGGGAAAAGAGAGAGAGAGAGAGAGAGAGAGAGGGGACGGGAAUAUUAACCCCCCCAAUAAAAGGAGGAGGAGGAGAAGCAACGUGCGAUCCUCUAUCUGUCGGCUGUAAAUGUGUGAGAGGGGAAACUGAACCGCGCAUGAUCUUAUCAACAACACCGAAGGAGCCACGCACUUUCAAUGGGAGCCGAGUCGAGCCUCCGGGCUGGGAAGCAGAGAUUUCUCUGAGGGGAGAGCUCCGAGCUUCUCCUCCGCUUUCCGUGACUUCUGUCCGGAACUGUGAAACUUUACCUCUGACCAUGAAGGAGGAGACUUUAGGAGGAAUCCCGGGACACAGUCGGGGGCUAUGAACGCAGGUCUUCGGAUUUCGGCUCGGUUUUUUCCUCUGUCCGGUUCACUUCUGCGGCUUUGGGUAUGUUUGCGGGUUGCAUCUGUGCGGCUUCCGCUCGGAUCCUGACCCGUCUGUGUGCCCUGGUUCUGGUGGUCGCGGUGGGACUGGGCUCGGAGCUGCGGGUCCGGGUCCGGCUCGCCGACGGACUGGUGACCGAAGAGGUUCUGGAGGCGGACAGCGAGAGAGACUCCAUUUAUCUGGAGUUCAAGCAGGGAGACGGGACACUCAUCACCUUUGUGGCGGACUUCAAACAGGAUGUGAAGAUAUUCCGGGCGCUGAUCCUGGGCGAGCUGGAGAGAGGGCAGAACCAGUACCAGGCCCUGUGCUUCAUCUCUCGCCUCAACCGCAAUGAGAUCAUCCCCAGCGAGUCCAUGGCCCGACUCAGACAGAAAAAUCCACAAGCAAUCCGCCUGGCGGAGGAGCGGAGGGGGCUGGAGCAGCUGACCAUGAGCGCGGCGGUCAAUCUGACUCGGGCCUGGCAGCUCAGCUCGCACAUCCACAACAUGUGCAGCGAGGCCCGGGAGGCCAUCUACACCAGAGAGGCAGACGUCAAACACUGGCUGGACAAAGGAGUGGAUGGUUCCAUAUUCGAAGUCCUGCCCCAAACAACCGAGGUGCCCAGCUUUCAGGCCUGCCAUUCAACUAAGGACUUGUGGCAGCCCUGCCUCUGCACGUACAGCCUGCGCCUGGAGUGGUACCCCUGUCUGCUCAAAUACUGCCGCAGCCGGGACACGACGGGAAAAGGCUCCACCUACAAGUGCGGGAUAAAGAGCUGCAGCAAGGGCUACCACUUCACCUACUACGUUCCCCAGAAACAGCUCUGUCUAUGGGACGAGGAGACCUAGCGUUUAGUCCCGGAUGGCUUAGAAAAGAGAAACCCAGCCUGUGUCCCCAGCCAAGCCAGUGCCUCUCCACCCAGCUCGUCGAGGUAAACACUGGACCUCAGUUUAGAUGAUGCUCGGUGGAGCUUCAUACGGUGGGGAGUGCUGAAAAGAUAUAAUUCAGGUUCCAAGUGAGACCAAAAUCUCUUGUGUUAGGAUGGAUGCAGUGGAGACACUGACUCUAAAAUCUGUCAACAAGCUGUCACAUUUGUGCCUUGUGUUUUUAAUGUUUAAUUUUUUUUGGGGUGGGACUAUUACAACAAUUGACAACAAGAAUAACUGACUGAAACAAGCUGCAGCAUGCAGAAAGCUGGACCAUGCUAUUCUGGUCGUUUCAACACCAGCAGAGGAACGAGAGUGUCCCAAUCUCAGCCAGCGGAGUUCAACAAAGAAGGAAAAUAUGGAAGAUGGAUUCAUCUUUCUUCUAAAGCUCUGUGAAAAACUCUACCAACAGCUCCAUGCCGGUUUAUAACCAUGUAAACAGGCUGACAAAGAAGUCCUCCAGUGCUGUCUUUAUUUAUUUUGGUUGCAAGAUGAAAUUAUGGAGGACUAUUUUUGUAACUUUAUAAGGAAUACCUUAACUUUUGUCUCGUUUGAGCGUUUAACAAGCUCCUAAGCUCGCCUCUUUUUAACCACAGGUGUUCAGAAACAACUUCUUGUUGGGUUUUUGGACUGUAGCUUAAAUGGGUUAAUUUUUGUACUUGGGAGUACAGUUUUAACUCUGGUCCACCUGGUCAGUAUCCAUGAGAGAUGCCUCUCUCACCCAGCACUCAUGUGUUUGUGUACGAAUUGUCAAGUCAACCAAAGUCAUAAGGAAAACUAUUAAAAGAAGGGCUUAUAUUUCACUUUAUAGGAACAAGCUCCCUUUUCCAUGUUGAGAUGCACUAAAGCUGCAGUGUAGAUGUUCUGUUAAUAUAUGCUGCCAUCUUCUGGUUAACCAGUGUUUUAGCGUCUUGUGUUUUCUGUUUAAAAACCACACUGUCAGAUCCCUAAUAUCUGCCUGGUCAUCUCAACACUUUAUAAUUUAUGCAUCUCAGAGUCCUCGUCUCAUUUAAGACUGUAAUCGUUGAACUUGCGGGACCAAAUCUGGACGCAGUGGAUCUUAAGACUGUCUUACCUCCAGCUUCGUCCUCGGUCUUCACUGCCAUAUCAGAUGUUAAUUGUGUCGAGAGGGUCAGGGAAGGGCUUGGUUUGUGUCCUGCUAACUAAAGAACCAAAUGAGUGAAACAUUUGUAUUUGUGGCCUUCUCUGGUUAUUAAAGUGCCUUAACAUUUCCACUGUAAUUUUUUGGUAUGUAAUUGUAGAUUAAGUUGAGACAUAUUUUUUCUAUGAAAGAGUUUGUUGUAAAAAGAAAAUGAAGCAAUUAGGUAACGUACCAUUAAGAGCUGUUUUACAUUGUUCCAAUAAAGUCUCUUUUUGCACUGCAUUGUGCUAAUAUUCAGGGUUUGUUGAGUUGAUUUCAUGAUCUGAAUUAAACAAUGCAUGAAAAGAUUUGUUGGAAUAAUUUGUUGCAUGACUGAUGUUAUGUCAAGAGGAUUGGUUUGGCUCUAAUUUAAAUAUUUAACAUAAAUACAAACCUUUUUUUCUGGAGUAAGAGCAAUAGACCUUGAAUUAUA